AUGGCUUCUCUCAAGACUAUCCUUUUUGGCCUCUUUGCUGGCUCCGCAUUGGCAAUGCCUUCAGUUCCUAUGUUCACCAAGAGACAACUACGAUAUCAUGAGCUCUCCAAGCGUCAAAACGAUGCUGCCGCUGCUGCCGGCCUCGAUGACCCCAGUAUCUUGCAAUUUGCCUUGACAUUGGAACAUCUCGAAAACGCCUUCUACCGCGAAUCUUUCCUUACCAUCUCCGACGAACAAUUCGCUCCCCUCGGUCUCGAAGGUCAGACACUCGAGGAUGUCAAGUCCAUUGGCAAGACAGAAGCUUCUCACGUCACUCUUCUCCAGUCAGCCCUUACAGCUGCAGGCUUCGCUCCUGUCCAGGAGUGCAAGUACGACUUCAAGGGCGCAACUGCCGACCCAUCUGCCAUGGUUGCCACUGCUGCCAUCCUCGAGAGUGUUGGUGUAUCGGCCUACCUCGGCGCAGCACCUCUUCUCACCGACCCUGCCAUUCUUGGCACCGCCGGAGCAAUUCUCACCGUUGAAGCCCGACACCAGACUGCCAUUCGAGUCUUCUCCAAGGCCGUGGCUGUUCCUCAACCUCUCGACACACCUCUCGGCCCCCGUGCAGUCUUCUCUCUCGCUGCUCCAUUCAUCACUGAGUGUCCUGAGGGAUCCAACCUCCAGGUUGAGGCUUUCCCAGCUCUGGCCAUGGCAGAGGGCCAGGCAGCUGAAGCUGUCACCAUCGGAACCAAGGUGAAGCUUACUUCUGAGGCUGCGGCUGGUGCUACCUUCUGCGGUUUCACAGCUGGAGGUUUACUUCCUGGCGGAACCAAGUUCACAAAGUUCACUGAGGGAGAGGGCUGCGAGGUUCCUCAGGGAGCUGCGGGAGUUGUUUAUGUUACAUUGACGAGUGAUGGACCUUUGGAGGGCGUUUUGUCUGAUGAUAUUACCAUGGCUGGGCCUAUGGUUUUGACCAUCUCGUAA